UUGGUGGCGUUGUCAUGGGGAUGCGGCCUGGCUGUAGUUGAAGCUCGCGGUUAAUUGAGCUCUCGGGUCAUGGGCCUUAGGGCUCUCUUCAGAAGGCAUCGCUUUUUUUUUUUCCUGUUCUCUGAUGGGACUCCUUGAGGAGGAGUUCUGAAGUCUUAGAGAAUUUAUAAAAACCUAUUCACAAAAAUGGCAUCCUGGUUAUAUGAAUGUCUUUGUGAAGCUGAACUUGCACAAUAUUAUCCUCAUUUUACUGCCCUUGGCCUUCAGAAAAUAGAUGAACUAGCCAAGGUUACAAUGAAAGACUACUCCAAAUUGGGAGUCCGUGACAUGAAUGACCGCAAACGUCUCUUCCAACUGAUCAAAAUCAUUAAGAUUAUGCAGGAAGAAGAGAAAACAGUCAGUAGUCCAGAUCAUCCUUUUCAGACAAGCAGCCAGUACAUUAAGACUCAGGAAUUGAGAUCUGGUCCUCGAAGACAACUACAGUUUGACUCUCCUGUUGACAACAAAGACAGAACUGCUAGCAAAGAUGGGUUUGAAAUGCAUAAUAUAUCAGAUUUCUCUGCAAACGAACAGAAGUCCACUUACCUAAAUGUGCUGGAACACAUGCUACCAGAUGAUUCCCAGUACCAUACAAAAGUACAAACUCUGAAUGUCCCUGCUGCUGAUUCCUAUGUGCAAACAAAAACUAAUUCACUCUUUUCAUCGAAUCUCUUUUCUCCAUUAAUGGGAAAUUGUGAUAUUCCCAUUAUUCAGAGAGUUUCUCAUGUUUUGGGGUAUAAUUAUGGAAUCCCUCAAUCUUGUAUCAGACAGAACACCUCAGAGAAAGAGAAUCCUUGGACUGAGAUGGAGAAAAUCAGAGUUUGUGUUCGAAAACGACCUUUGGGUAUAAGGGAGGUACGCCGUGGAGAAAUUAAUAUUAUUACUGUAGAAGACAAAGAAACUCUACUUGUGCAUGAGAAAAAAGAAUCAGUUGAUCUCACACAGUAUAUAAUGCAGCAUGUUUUUUAUUUUGAUGAAGUCUUUGGUGAGGCGUGCACCAAUCGAGAUGUAUACACGAAGACUACUCACCCCCUCAUUCAACAUAUUUUUAAUGGAGGCAAUGCCACUUGCUUUGCAUAUGGACAGACAGGUGCUGGAAAAACCUACACUAUGAUAGGAACCCAUCAGAACCCAGGACUGUAUGCUUUGGCUGCCAAAGAUAUCUUCAGACAACUGGAAGUGUCUCAGCCGAGAAGGCACCUCUUUGUGUGGAUCAGCUUCUAUGAAAUCUACUGCGGACAGCUUUAUGACCUCCUAAAUAGAAGGAAAAGGCUCUUCGCAAGAGAAGACAGCAAGCACGUGGUGCAGAUAGUGGGACUGCAAGAGCUCCAGGUGGAUACUGUGGAGCUCCUCUUAGAGGUGAUCUUAAAAGGCAGCAAGGAGCGCAGCACUGGGGCCACUGGAGUUAACGCAGAUUCCUCCCGCUCUCAUGCUAUCAUUCAGAUUCAGGUCAAAGAUUCAGCCAAGAGGAAAUUUGGCAGGAUCUCUUUCAUUGACUUGGCUGGAAGUGAAAGAGCUGCAGAUGCCAGGGAUUCAGAUAGACAGACAAAGAUGGAAGGUGCAGAAAUAAACCAGAGUCUUCUGGCUCUGAAGGAAUGUAUCCGAGCCCUGGACCAGGAGCACACCCACACUCCCUUCAGGCAGAGCAAACUAACUCAGGUCCUGAAGGACUCCUUCAUUGGCAAUGCCAAAACUUGCAUGAUUGCUAACAUCUCACCAAGCCAUGUAGCCACCGAACAUACUCUGAAUACUUUGCGCUAUGCUGACCGGGUCAAAGAACUAAAGAAAGGCAUUAAGUGUUGCACUUCAGCUACCGGUCGAAAUCGGAUAUCUGGAAAUGCCUCUCCAAAGCGAAUUCAGAGCUCCCCUGUAGCCCUGCCAGGGGACAAGUGUUCUCCAAAGAAAGUCAAGUUGGGGUGUCAGCAGGCAGUCACAGUGACACCUAGCUCCACAAGAGGAAAGGCCUAUCCUCUGGCUAGCCACCCACCAAACAUUCCUUGUGCUUCUGUACCCAAAGUCCCUGGUAAAAGGGGUAGCUCCAGAGGCAGUCCUCCCCAAGAGUGGGUCACGCAGACCAGCCCUGUCAAAGAAACUGUACGGUCUGUACAUUCGGCCAAAAGGGCAGAAGAACUGGCACUAUUGUGCUUUGAGAAAAAUCAAAUUGGCACCAAGACUGCACUUGGGUGGGGGCGUAGGGCCUCAGGCACAGAAGGCCUGACACAUGGUAAGCUGUCCACCAAGUGCAAGAAGGUACAGACUGUGCAGCCAGUACAGAAGCAGCCUGUGUCACGAGUUGAACUGUCCUCUGGCAAAAACCACCACUUAGCAGAGGGUGAGCAGGGCAGCAAGGCAGGCACAUCUGCCAGGCCUGCCACUGAAGCUUGGACAAACAUCCCUCCACAUCAGAAGGAAAGGGAGGAGCAUUUGCGUUUUUAUCACCAGCAGUUCCAACAGCCACCUCUCCUUCAACAGAAGUUAAACUACCAACCACUGGAAAAAUUUUUAUGCCAAUACAGGUCCCCACAGGAUCAGCUCCAGAACGAGACUCCUCCUCCUUUUCAUGCUUGCUCUGAGAGCCAGGAUGGAGCUCAAGUCGAGGACCUGGAUGACAGUGACUUCAGUGAAGAUUCUUUUUCACAUGUCUCCAGUCAAAGGACUACAAAGCAGAGGAGCACCCUGGAGAAGAGUGAAAGCUCAUUCUUCCUUCAUCAGAAGGGGGAGCAGAGUCCAGAUGGGCAAGUGACACAAAGGCAGCAGAGUCUGUUUUUUAGCUCAAGGACAGAUGAUGAUGAGAGAGGGCUAACUGAAAGCUGGAUAUGUUCCAGGGACCCCGUCAGCCACAGGAGAGUAGCAUUCACUCAUCGCCACAGCCCAAGUAAGGUGCACUUGGACUGGAGCCAAGAAGGCCGUGCCUCCUCAGAGCCAUCUCCUAGAGACAGUCUGGUAGGGCAGCCUUCCUGCUCACAGGUAGAUUUUGUAUACACCCAGAAAAGAAGUGAUGGACCUGCCAUUUUCAGACAGGAUGCCUUCAGAAGUGAGGUUCCUGAAGAAACGGAGGGCAGCUUGCCAUCCCUGGAAGAUGGUUUCUCUUUAUCACACAUUGCAGUUCCUGGAUCCCCAGACCAAAGAGACAUAGAUUCCACACAAAUGAGAGAGGUCAGUGAAGAGACCCCCACCCAGGUGACCAGAACAGCAACAAAGAAUAAUCCUUUUCAAGAAGACCCUAGAGAGCAAUUAGACACAUGCUCUGAAUAUGCUUCUGGACUAAUGGCUCCCCUCACCAUCUCCCUCCUAGAGACUCCAGAUGAUGGCCAUUCUGUGGAGCAGUUGGCCCAGGAUGGGGCUAUGCACAGUCCAGUGGCAGAGAGCACAGGGUUACCAGCUGUGGGCCAUACAGUAUUAUCCGGCAACCCAGAGGCAGCCUUGCCAGUGUCUUCAGCCACUGGACACCUGUGGCUCUCCUCAUCUCCCCCCGACAACAAGCCUGGUGGUGAUCUGCCGGCUCUGUCCCCAUCGCCCAUUCACCAUAAUCCACCUGACACGCAGCCUGUUGGGGAGGGUGACCAGAGACAGGCCUGCCAGAGCAAAGAGCCUGCACUCUUCUCCCAGGAACUUGGCAGUGAGCAGUAUGAUGCUGAUGUUGAGGAAACGGGGCUGGAUGGUUGCUGGAGUUUGCCUGGAAAGCCCUUCUCUACCACACAAACUAGGGUGCACCAUUCUGGAUCUGUACUCACUCCGCAAACAGGAAGUUGUGAUGUAGCUGGUCAGCCCUGGGCCCACAAUAGCAAACAUCUUCCAUUGCUCAGCUGGCAGCUUGGUUUAUCUACAGACCCCAUCAGGUUGCCUUGCAACAAUGAAGACAUCACAUGGCUCAAACGCAGGCCCAUUUCAAGAUACUUGGUAUCACCCGACUCUCUCCUGGUUCCCAGCUACUCUGCUAAGACUGCAGGGAUACUUUGUCAGCCCACCCUGGAGCAAGCACAGCAGGUGGUUAUCCGUGCUCACCAGGAACAGCUGCAUGAAAUGGCUGAGUUGGGCUUCAAGGAAGAGACUCUUAUGAGCCAGCUGGUUUCUAAUGACUUUGACAGUUUUGUCACCCAGCUGGAUGAGAUCAUGGUUCUGAAAUCCAAGUGCAUCCAGAGUCUGAGAAGCCAGCUGCAGCUGUACCUCACCUACCAAAGGCCCUGAAAGCAGCGCUGUAUUAAAACAAGGUCAUAUCCCAGAUGGUGGGGGCAGUAUAGGAGGGGCCUAUGCCAGGCUCUUAUGGGCUGAGGCUUCUGCCAGUUCUUCUGUACACACACCAGAAUUUGCUCCCUAUGGCCCAGGGUUCCUCUCUCAGUGCCAGCCCUCUAUGCCUCCUUAGUUCAAAGCUUAGGAGCCUCUCUAUAAGAAAGGACCAAGUUGAUGACCUUAUUGGCCUUCACUUUGUUUGGAGGUCAGAGCAUCUGCUUUACUGAUCCUGACUGUGGGAGCACAUUUGGGGUAGUAACUCUGUACGUGUUCCUAAUUUUGAGGACUACAGAAUGACGUGGUUAGUGGUAACCUACAGGUUCGAAGUCACAAGCUAGGGAUAACAGGCUGAACUCAGGGGCUGAAUUAUUUGGUGUACACUGGCCAAAAGCUGGGGAUUUGGCUCAGUGGUGUUACUGCCUGCCUCGCAAAAGGUCCUGAGUUUGAUCCCUAGUAAAAAAGUAAACUUGGGCCAAAAUCUAAAACAUUGGUGCUAGUAGGGCAGCAGUGGGUUGAGCUGUGCCCUAUCUGCUCUCAGAGAUUUCAUUUUCAAAAAUUUAACAUGAAUAAACCUUGACUUGAUGUGUCCUUAACAGCAGAUGUGGGUCAGGCCUUAUGCUCUUCCUUCCUGCAAUCCAGUUUUGAGAUAGAAGAGGGUACCCACAUCACUGCAUUUUUCUUAUCCUAUCUUUUGCUGAGGCAACAAUGCCUGUUAGCCCUCUGCUUCUGUGGCAGUCCUGGCUCCUGAUUCUUCACUUCUUGUGCCUUCACUGAAGAGCUAGAGGAUUGCUGGCAAGUCCAUCCCCAGGGCGUAUCUAGGACACCCUCGCUGGCCACUGCCUCACUCUCAAGGGCCAGUAUCCUUGCCUGAGUGCUCUAGUCACUAGAAGUCUCUGAUGACAAAUUCGCCUAAAUGCUGCUGUUCAUAGCAGAAAGCUUAAGGAAAGGCCACCCCAAGUCAGAGAUCCAUGGAUCAGGCCUUGAAACCCAUUAUUGUGUGAACAUUAAUUUCUUUCAAGUAAAGAACUUUUUUAAGGUUUUAAGAGGAGGAAUUUAACUAAAAGGCCAAGCACUAAAUGGUUGUUCCCUGGAGACUGAAGCAGCCACUUUGUCUCAGGUGGUGCUUAGUUUGACCACCAGAGGGCAACUUGCUUCCAGCUUCAGGCCCUCACUUGAUCACUAAACAUGAGGACGCCUGUCCCUGCCAAAAGUCCCAGAGGGCAAAUGAGAUGAAGUAUUAGGGAUUAAAGUAUUAAGAAAUUUUAGGGAUAUAUUUUGUGGGAUACAACAGCACCACUGAGAGCUAGGGAAGCACUUUAAACCCAGUCCUGCCCGUGACACAGGGAAUAUAAAUGUCUGGUACUGCUCACAGGGAAAAAAUUGUUUUUCUCAUUUCCUGUGUGACUCUCCUAAAGACCCAGCCUAUCCUGCCUCCAGUUAGCCUGGCAGGAAGGCAUACAGCUUUGGCCUGGAGACAGAAUUAGGUCAUGUUUAAACAGGUCCUUGUUUGGGCCUGCCUUGUAAAGCAAAAACCCAGAGCAGACUAGAGGGCCAGCUCUUGGGUCCCAUACUGCACCUAAAGUUGGAAGUAAGUACUGAAAAUGGUUAGGUCCUGUUCUAGUCCCGGGAAAU